AAUGUAAAUACAUUUUAAGUGAACUUUAUAUUGUGUGCAUAAGUGCCAUUGUAAUACUUUGAUAAAUUUCACAUUUACUUAAAAUGCCAGCAACCAAAAAUCACUCAAAAGAUAAUUUAUUGGAAACCGGAAAACCAAAAUCUUUUACUUUAAAUGUUAACCAAUGCAGUACAACAGAUUAUAGGAAAGAUAAUGCCGAAGUAGCAGAUAUGGAAAUGUGUGAAUGUUCAUCAGUUCCUCUGCGGUUAGAAGAAAAUGUUUUAUUGAGAAAUGUGGCGGCCAAUCGAGGAAUGAUACAUCAAUAUACCGUGUGGUAUAGCAAACAAUCCACAAUGCAUUUGUCGUAUUUAAUUGGUAUACCAUUUGGUUGGCUGUUGUUUGGCACAUUUCAAUAUUUUGUGUGCAUCGUAAUUUUGGGUGACAGUUUCUUAGACCCAUGGUAUUUUACGUGUGCUUGGAUAGUGGAAUUAAUUUCUACGCUCCCCGUUAUUAUGAUUAUCACGAUCAUCAAAUGUUUGUACGUUCAAGUGGAAAUACUGGAACAUUGUGAAAAAGUGACAUGGAUUGGUUUUACAUUUUUACUUUUUCAAGGGUUGACCAUUAUAAUACUUCUGCUUCCAGUUAGCAAUUUAUUUAAACACAUGAUUGGUGAUUUUUCACGACCAAUAAAUUUUUUUAUUUAUUGGAUGAUGUUAGCUUUUCCACAYAUCAUUAUUUUAUGCUUUGCAACAUUUGGUUGUUGUUCAAAAGUACGUACAGUUAACACACAAUCAGUUGGAAAUGUCAUUAAUCAUUGAAUGAUGCUUAGAUCGUUUUCACGACAAUUUCGUUACACUAUAAGCUGGAAAAAACAUGAAACUAUACAAACACAUUUCGAAACAACUAACCAGCAGGUGGCAAUAAAUAAUGAUAAUAAUAUUGAAAUUGAACUACAGGAAUUUAAUUACCAUCCAAUAUUUCGAACUAAAUAAUAGUAGUCUACAAUUUAGUAGAUUAGGCACCUCC